AACUAAAUGCGACCCUGACAGUAUAACAGAGAUUGCGCCUUGGUUCUAUUGCCGUCUGUUUGGCCACUUUCAAUUUCAGUCUUUGCUGACAAGUUCCCAGUGCUUGAAGUGUUUUCAUUCAGUUUCAAAAAUAAAAUUUCCGUGUGAUUUAAAAGGAGAAAUUCUAGAGAAGAUGGCUAAUCCAAAUCAGCAAGUCGUGUACACAAAGCUCUUCAUCAACAACGAAUUUGUCGAUUCAAAGAGCGGGAAGACAUUCCCAACUGUUAAUCCGGCAAACUGUAAAAAGAUAGCCGAAAUUUCUGAAGCUGAUAAGGAAGAUGUUGAUGUUGCCGUUGCGGCUGCUAAGAAAGCAUUUGCGCGGGGAUCUGAAUGGCGCAAUUUGGAUGCUUCGGCCAGAGGACGUCUGCUGAACAAACUAGCAGAUCUUGUGGCCAGAGACAUCGACACACUGGCCAAUCUUGAGUCCCUGGACAAUGGCAAACCCUUUGGGGAUUCAGUUUUCGACAUUAAUUGCGCCAUUGAUACCUUCCGCUACUAUGCGGGAUGGGCAGAUAAAAUCCAUGGAAAUACAAUCCCAGCCGAUGGGACAUCCCUUACCCUCACCCGAAAGGAACCCGUGGGAGUUGUUGGUCAGAUUAUUCCCUGGAACUACCCAAUUCUCAUGCUCGCAUGGAAAUGGGGACCAGCAAUUGCUGCCGGAUGUACCAUUGUCCUAAAGCCAGCUGAGGCAACUCCUCUAACUGCUCUCUACUGUGCUGCUCUGACCAAAGAAGCUGGUUUCCCAGCAGGAGUUAUCAAUGUUCUCCCAGGAUAUGGCCCUACCGCAGGAUAUGCCAUUGCCACCCAUCCUGACAUUCAUAAAGUAGCUUUUACGGGAUCCGUAGAUGUUGGAAAAAUCAUCAUGGAAGCCGCAGCAAAAUCCAAUCUCAAGAAAGUCUCCCUGGAGCUUGGAGGAAAGAGCCCCCUGGUUAUAUUCGAUGAUGCCAAUUUGGAUGAAGCAGUUGAAAUUGCUCACAAUGCAAUUUUCGCCAAUCAUGGCCAAAAUUGCUGUGCAGGAAGUCGCACAUUUGUCCAAGAGGGAAUAUACGAUGAGUUUAUCAAGAGAUCAAUUGAAUUGGUAAAGAAGCGCAAACUGGGUGAUGCCUUUGAGAAAGAUGUAGUUCAGGGGCCCCAAGUCGAUGAGAAAAUCUUCAAUAGAAUCCUAAAAUACGUGGAGGCGGGCAAGAAGGAAGGGGCCAAGUUGGAAUUUGGCGGAAAACGUUGGGGAAAUGAAGGUUAUUUCAUUGAGCCGACAAUCUUUUCCGGCGUCACUGAUGGCAUGAUUAUUGCUCGGGAGGAGAUAUUUGGCCCUGUUAUGAGUGUCUUCAAGUUCAAGACCUUGGAUGAGGUGAUAGAGAGGUCCAAUAACACAAACUACGGCUUAGCCUCUGGUGUUAUCACCAGUAACAUCAACAAUGCUCUGGUGUUCGCCCAAGCCGUUCAAGCUGGAUCAGUUUGGGUAAAUUGCUAUGAUGCCGUGGUACCUCAGGCACCAUUCGGAGGAUUCAAGCAAUCUGGCGCAGCAAGGGAACUGGGAGAGGAUGGCCUGGGACCGUACUUGGAGACCAAGACAAUCAGCAUCAAAUUGCCCACAAACAACUAAAAGAUUUCGCAAGGACCUACCAGGAGUCUCGAAACAUACCUUCAAUACCUCCAAAAAUUUUUGUAAAAGCAAGCUUUUAAAUAAUAAAGAAUAUAUUUUGCAGA